AUGGCGGAUGCAGGAGAUGACUUAUUCUUGUUCGGCGAUGAUUUUGAGGCAAUUUUAGACCUUCUUGACGAAGAUGAAGCACUACAGGAACAAUUUUCAACUGUUGCUAGUGAAGUCGAAUCAACAGAGAUCGUGUGCAGCGACUGUGGAAAAAAGUACAAAUCAAGAGGAGGCUACCAAAGGCACAGAGCUACAAAGCACAAUGCAGAUCAAAACGCACAUCAUUUAACUUUGACGCCCAACUACUAUAACUAG